AUGAUCCGAUCGUUAAUUCCUGGUAGAUACGGUAGUAUCUACCAGGUACACAGGACAAGUGAGCUAGUGGCUCUGAUUGCAGUAUCAUGCACGUUGUUCCUGUUCCUCCACACACGAGAUCUGAGCACCAAGCUGCGGCGGAUGGAAGGUCGGCUUAAUGAUGACGUCACCGCCUUCAACCAUCUUACAGACAGAGUCCCGACGGAUCGGACGGAGCAUGCGUUUGCGUCGGCGCAGGAGUACAAAGAGGCACUCGAGGCUAUACGGAGGCACACUGGCGCCGAGCGUAGCAAACCUCAGCGUACGUUAGAAGCGGAACCUGAGGAGUCCCAGCAGGAGGUGGAACAGGAAUACCUGGACGAGCUCCUGGUGCCUGAACCCUGGGAGCUGAACAAUACAGCACGAGCUGGCACUGAGAUCCUGUUCUUCAACAGAACCAUUCGCCUGGCACCCGCUGAUCAGAUGGCACUGGCUAGUCUUGUGUCUGCGUACGACCCGCCAGCUUCUUACAUCAAACAUGUCUGCUACACUAAUUUUACCAGGUUGGGCUAUCCGAAUCCAAUAUACGUGAAUGUGGUGCGUGAUCCCGUGGAGAGAGUGAUCUCUUGGUACUACUACGUGAGGGCGCCUUGGUACUACGUUGAGAGGAAGAGGGCCUUCCCUGAUCUGCCUCUACCGGACCCUGCCUGGUUGAAAAAGGACUUUGAAACGUGUGUGCUGAGCGGAGACCGGGAGUGUCGCUACAUCGAGGGCCAGACUCACGAGGGUAUCGGAGACCACCGCCGGCAGACACUGUUCUUCUGCGGACACGACCCACAGUGCAUGCCAUUCAACAGUGUGGAAGCUCUGCAGCGAGCUAAGAGGGUGGUGGAGGAGCAGUACGCGGUAGUCGGUGUUCUGGAAGACAUGAACUCCACACUGCUGGCCUUCGAACGAUACGUGCCCAGGUUCUUCCAUGGAGCCCUGAAGUUAUACUGGGAGGAAAUGAACACAUUCACGCGAAUCAACCGCAACUCCUUCAAGCCGCCAGUCUCCGAGGAAGUGAAGCAAAUAGUCCGAGCAAACUUCACCAGGGAGAUCGAAUUCUAUGAGUUCUGCAAACAGAGGUUGCACAUGCAGCUGAGAGCACUCCGAGAUCCAACCAUCACCCUCCCAACUCCCCGGAGGACGAGGAGGCGGAGAGCCCGUCAUAUGAACAGAGUGUAACCAUAGCAACCUGAUGGGCAUCCCAUCGCUUCUAGACUGUGUUAGGUUAGAAGUCGUGUAACCGCCUCAGAGAUAGCGUGACGUAUCUAAAACAGACUUUAUAACGCGCAAUUUCGUUUCGUCUUUGCUUUUAGUUGACUAACUCUCAAACUAGGCCAAUCACGCGACGUUAAGCGCCUGAUAAUUUCCUUAAGGCAAUUUUGUAUUUACGCGUCUUUCGUUAACUUUAAGUUUUCCAGUGUUUGUUUAUUUGAAACUAUGCCAGUGCAAUCAUUAUUUUCCUUAUUUCUACUUGUGUAGUCUAGUUUAUUAUAUUAUUAUUUAUGUGAAUGUCAACACAUUUGUAUAAAUAUUUUAUAAAAUUGUUGUAUAGUUUGCCAGUAAAUUAAUCGCACGCUAAAAUUGAACUUGAUUAAAUUAUUAUUUGCGUGAUUUUGUUGUUUAUUGUUAAGUCGUGAUCGCCGCCAUCUUGGCUAUUGGCGCGAAAUUGUGACUAUUUAUUGUAAUUGUUUAAGUGAUGUCCAUAUUUUUUAUUUUAAGCUAAACAUGAACCAUUAUAAGUACAGCUUCCUUUUUAUAUGAUUUUGUAUAGUAUAGAGAAUAAUUAAUUAGCUUUAUUAUUAACGCUAGUUACUAAUAUAAGUCGCACUAUUAUUUAAAAUGGACUUCAGAGAGGAGCUAGACAGAAAAAUUUUUCAAAUUACUUUAAAUCUGUCUACUUUAUGAUCUGUACCUAAACUACGUAAAAUUAUUUAUUACGAGAUCAAAUAAAUAUUAUUGUGAUAUAAAAUUUCGCUUAUUGAUAAGAUAAUGUAAUUAAACUACUUACAUAGUUUGAAAAUGUGUGUUUUAUUUUAAUUUCCCAGUACAAUCGGUUUGUUGAGAAAUGGUUCGUACAUAUUAAAAUAAUUAUUUGUAACGUCGUUAGUCCCAGUUGGGUGUCAUUUACUAAAUUGAUUUUGAAACAAAUCCUUUAUAUAUUAAAAUCUAAAAUACCUCGAAAACCUAUAGGUCCUAGCGAAAAAUUAACCAAAUUUUCAAAAUCCCCUAGGGUCGGCGCCCCUUUUCAAAAUGUUUGAACAUCAAAUUCAGUACACUAGAGGUUGGGAUUUAUUAGCUUAGAGAAUCUAGAGUAUUACAGUACAUCUUAGAAUUAGACUGCUUUCGAAAUGUUCUUGGUCCCAGUUGGGCGCCAUUAGCAGAUUUUUUAUUAUUAUACUCUGUGCAUUUGAAUCUAAAAUACUUCGAAAACUACACAUUCUGCCUAAAAAAUAAAUAAAUUUUGGAACCCCCUUGGUGUCUACACUCCCUGUAGAGAUAUACCUAUUUUCUGACUGAUAGACAGUGUGGAAUUAACUUUGGCUCUGACCAGACGUAAUGAGUGCUACUUUCCUCUAGUUCAUGGCAUUUCAAAUACAGAUGGCUCUGUUCUAAACUUUUUAGGUUUCUUUGCUAAGUUUUAGUUCUGCUUUCGUGUUAUUUAAAAAAUAAACCAAAAUACGAUAAUUAUGCACAUUAAUUUAUUAGAUAGGUAUUUAUUACAAAACAGGAGUCAAUUAAAGAAUAACAAUAGUUCAUAAGGGUAGUAAUUCAAAUUGUGUAAAAAUAAUAUGGCCACAUUUUAAGAAUUCAGGUACAUAUACAAAAUAGACAAAACAUCGGCCUAAUAAAUAAAUUAUCAUAUCGCUUAAAAGUAAUAAUAAUUUAAUUUAAUAAUUUCUAAUAGUCUCAUUUUAUUAAAAUCUCAAAACUGAAUUAACAAUUGGCUAUUAAUUAUCAGUUCUCACGUAGGAAGUAUGUCAUGACACCGUGAUUAUAAAAAUAUAAAAUAUAUCCAGAUAAUAACAUCGGUAUAAAACAUUUCAGUUACAAUAUUCGUUAUUCUCAUAAUUAGGAUUCACAAUCUUUAAACAUUUUAAACAACACGUUUUCGUAACUACUUUAUAACAAUUGAAUAAUUUUACAAAGUUCUAAUAGAGGAAGAUAUUAUGUCACCACAGAUAUUACAACUAGAGAUAUUCGCAUUAUCUACACUUCAUAAUGUUAUGUGAAUAAAAUCUUUCUAUCUAGGUGAUACUCCUAACUCGACAUUUAUAACUAUUACAAAGGUCUAAUAGUGUCAUAAAAAUUGUAUUAAAAUAUUAAUUAAUAUCAUUCAGAAUUCAUCUCUCUAUGUACAAGGAGAAAGGCGCGGCUGCGUUAACAGCUCGUGCCUGCACGCACAUUCAUCACAUUUUAUUGUCCUACGGGACGCUAAUCUACAAUUAACAUAGUACGAAACAAAAAUUGAUGAAUUAUACAUACAUAACUCGAAACAUAUUUACUGCAAAAUGGCACUCUGAGAACGAGUGGUUCACUCGUCGUUUACAAUAUCUACGCCUACUCUAAUUCAUAUCACAAGUACGCUUUCCAACGUGAAGCCUCAUCUAUCCAGGAGCUUAGGACGCCCGCGCUGCUUCGCCCGCGAGGUGCCGCGGGCAGCACGCACAGGAAUGUUCCAGCCCGCGCCGGCGGGGCAAGCCCGCCACGCCACCUGCGCACUCCGAGCCGUCUGCGACUCCCGCGCACUCGUCACUCCGACACUGUCACCUCUCGGCUUUGCGCAGCCGCGUCAGUAGAACGAGGGGUGCCAGUCGACCGUGGGGUGCAGUGGUGCCGACGUACCCGAAGCAUUAGCCGCACUCGCCGGCGUUACCGCGCCUAGCGCGAGACAGUCGAAGCAGUAAUUAGCACUACUAUUGCUGUCCCAGAACUGUUGACCCUUGCAUAAGAAUCUUACGGCUAACUCUAAUCGCUGUCCAGAAGAUAUUGCGGGAGCAUACAGUACAAAUUGGAAACGGUCAGAGAAACCGUCACAAGAACCUUGCACGUAUGUAGCCUGCAAGUCCGUGUAUGUUUUCCAUCUGUUCAUAGUGUAGCGUAUAUGUACAGUCUUGUGGAAGUCUAAGUUUCGUACUCGCACAGAGCCACACACGGUGACAUGCACACCAUCACACACGCGAGCGCUUUCAAGGCACACAUUUUGCGUUUCUAAUUUAUCCGUAAUGUCUACUGGAAGUUGGAACAGUGGGACCAGCGUCAGAGCGCCAAGUCGUGGUGCUGGUCUUGCUGGUGGAGUACUCUGCACAUCGCAACCAGUAAGAUCGUCAUAGGCAGAUUUGGGUACAACAGGUAUCUCAUCCAUAAAAGUUUUUACAUCUGCUAGAUCAAGGCCUAAAACGUCUGCAAAACGUACAAUUUUCUUACGGCCAGGAGUGCCGGGUGGCGUCUUUCCUGUUUUGAGUGAGGAGCAGCGCCUAACACGUUGAGGUCGGUCGUCUUCUACUUCGACUUCAGUUUCGUUGUGGUUUUCAUCAUUUACUUCUGCAUUUAAUAGGGACGGCUCGAUUUCAGGUGCUGGCGAUAUUUCUUUAUCAACAGAAACUUCACUGGUUAUUAUUUUUAAAGGUUCCCUACUGAUUUCGUUGCAUUUAACUAUUCCGUUAGUUUCUUCCGUUGGGGUUUCCUCAUCGAGUGGGAUUUCAACUUCGGCCAGUGAUAAAUUUUCCAGACAUUCUGUCGUAUGAGUUUCAUCGCUUUUUUCAUUUUGUAAUUCUUCUGCUUCAACACCAUCAGAUGGUUCACUUUUUGCUGAUUCAAAUUCUGAGUCACUGUCUACUGCGGUACUUGGCAAAUUAGUUAAACUAAUAGCGUCCGUAUGUAAGGCAGCGAUCGGUUUCGGGGCACAGUCGAUUUCAUCGAGACUAUUUUGUGGUGCACAACCCUCAAAUGUGAUUGCAGAAUAUAAUCGUUUAUUUGCGUGACCAUUUUCACGCGAGAUUGGUUGAAGUUUCACUGGCGGAGUGCACUCUGUGUAAAAAGCCGUAGAAAAUAUGAAGCCAUUUUGUGUUUUAUCUGGUUGCUGUAAUAAAAACUUGGCCUGUUCUUUAGCUAAUUCAGGCUCAGAAUCGACGUCAUAAAAAGGUGGUUCUUGGUCCUCGGUGGGAGAUCUUUCUGGAAAGGCAGGCUCGUAGUCAUCGACGGGGCUGGAUGGGCUCUCACACUCUAACUCAAAGUCAUAGAAAGUGUCGAGAUCUCGUGUGUUGGUGGAGGUCGUAGGCCUGUGCUGUGAACUGGCGUCGCGUGUGAGCCAACUGUUCUCACAGUGGUCGUCGUGUGCACCGCCGAGGUUGCUGAGGCGCGAGUGCAGAUCGCGCGCGAACGCCGCGGCGCGUCGGCCGCACGACAUCGGCAGCAGCGAGGUCAGUCCGCACUGCGACCCUGCGCGAUCUCCGCUCAUCUGCGUCU